CUUCCUGAAUGCAACUCAGAGUUCCUUCCAUUAGAUCCCCCUCGUCAAUGUAGGCAUAAUUGAUGGCUAACAAUAUGGCAAGGACAGUGCCUCUGCCCUUCACAGAAAACUGUAUCUCUGAAUGGCAGCACAAUCCCAUCAGUUAGCGAUAAAUGACCUAGUCUUAAAACUGUACAGAUGAGUUAAUCUCACUGGCUUUCUAUUCUUAUUUAGCCUAUAGCUGUAAGAGGGUUAGACUAGCUUUCUAAAGGCAUAUGUUAGCCUCCAGUUCUAGUGAAGAAGUGAGGAACUAAAUUGGGAGAGACCAUACGUGAAAACAACCUGAGAAAAAGCUGCAGGCUGUGAAUCACGAUGGGAAAUAAUGAAUCCAUAGCUGGUGGUCAGAAAGCAGUUCCUGAUAAAGAGACCUAUGUGUGGUACAAAAAAUUUAUGAGGGAAUAUCCAUCCGGCCUGCAAACACUGCAUGAAUUCAAGACACUCUUGGGUCUGCAAGGUCUGAAUCAAAAAGCCAGUCAACAUGUUGAUCAAGUCUAUAAUACCUUUGACAUGAACAAGGAUGGAUUUAUCGACUUUUUAGAGUUUAUUGCUGCUAUAAAUCUCGUUGUACGAGGAAAAAUGGAGCAGAAAUUAAAAUGGUAUUUUAAGCUGUAUGAUGCUGAUGGAAACGGUUCUAUUGACAAAAAAGAACUACUGAAUAUCUUCAUGGCUGUGCAAGCCCUCAAUAGCCAACAAACUCUGAGUCCUGAAGAAUUUACCAACCUGGUGUUUCAUAAGAUCGAUAAAAACAAUGAUGGAGAACUGACUUUAGAAGAAUUUAUCAAUGGCACGGAAGAAGAUCAGGAUCUUCUGGAGAUUGUUUCCAAGAGCUUUGAUUUUUCCAGUGUACUGAAAAUAAUCUAUAAUGGGAAUCAGCCAGACACAGAAGGGAGGUUUCCUUCAAACCUUGUGACAAGGCUGAUCUAGGGAAGGUGGGAAUAAAGUGGCUGGGAGAAUGCCUUUUCUGACUUUCAGUGGAGGCAAAACUUCCAGUGGAGAAGAAAUGAAAUUCUCCCAUGUACAUGCUAUUGAUUUCAUUAUAUUUGAAUAUAUAUUCAAUUAUAUACUAUAAUUGGUAUCAGCCUGUGAAUAUAUCACUUAAGUCCCUUGGAGAUGUCCAUAAAGAUUGUAGAUGAAGAAUUGUUGCUUUUCUGUUUAUACAUUAGUACUCUCUCUGAAGGUUAGAACAUGAUGAUUAGACUGAAGGAUGGUCUCCAUAUCAGUUCAAAAUAGAACUUGUGUACAUUUCCUUCCACACCUAAAUUAAUCUGCUUCUUGAAAUAGAACUGGAUUAUUUGGGCAGUGUCUCCAUAGUUUAACAUUCUUCUUAAACAGACUUUUGGCAAAUGUGUUUGCUGCCUCUUGGCUCCUGUUGGACUUGUGUAUUAUAAAUGACCAAGUUCUGGUCUAUGGAGAAACUUUUCUUCUGCCUUUUUUUCUUAUUCCUUACCCUGAAUCCUAUCUUGAAUCCGUAAUAAUGCUCUGUUCCAAAAGAAAAGUCUUAAGCUAUGUAGCAAAAGGAGAAAAUUUCAGACUGGGCAUUGAGAACGUUUCCACUGAUUUGCUAUAAAUCUGGGUCCAGUUGUGCAUGAAAAUGCAAUGCAUCAUCUGUAAUUAUUAUGCCAGUUGGGGGUUUGAUCAGAACAGCAGACAGCCAGGCUAUGCAACAACAAGCACUUGACAUUUUAAACGGUCCUGACAUUAUAGCUCUGACAUUUCAUUUUUUAUAUCCUUUCCAAAAAAUGAAAUGAUGAAUGAGAUUUCUUGAUGGAUUAGAACUUUUUAAGUUUUGGGUUCUAUAUCACAGGCCCAUUGGUACAUCUGUCAGUGCAAGACUUUCUCAUGGAACCACAGUGGAGGCUGAAGACCAGAUGUGAGCUGUCUUUUUUUCAAGACCUUCUUAAUGAUGCUUUCGUAUUCGGAUUUGAGUUAAAAACACACAUCUAAAACAAGGACAGACUUGGAUGUCCCUGUCUCAAUGUUACAGAUGUGGAUAAAAGUAUCAAUAGAGGUAUAGAUGAGACAGUAGAGAUGAAAAAGAAAUGGAGGUAGAGAAUUUAUAGAUGAAUGUACAGACAAACAGGUAGAUGAAGAUGGUAUAGAUGGACAUAGAAAUAUUCUGUGGUUUUCGAAAAGAUUUUGAAGAGAUUCACAAAGAAGUGCACACUAUAAUAUAAAAUAUGUUGAAAUAAAAUUAUUGUCGAUAAAGUAAGAGGAAUUAGCCAUAAUGACACAAAGUUCUACUCAUGUGCCAAAAGUGGGGUAGCCGUUGGACUCUGAGCUUCCUGGCAAUAGAAGUGAAAAGGGAAGCAUCAUUACAGUCUUGCCCCAGCAACAGUCCUACCCUAACAGUGGCAAUUGAUUGCAUUUCCCUUUAUCUUCCUUCCCCCUACCUAGUGUCCUUUCCACAGAAAACUGGGCCCCAGCUUUCCCUUCCAACCUUCUACGUUCUGAUGACUCCAGCCUCUUCCCUUUAUUCUUCCAACCUAGAAGGGUGGCUGCUUCCUGUCAUUUCUGUGUUACUACUUCACUUUUUCAGUCCUCCAGUGUCUUUUCCACUAAUCCCUUGUAUUAAUGCUGUUAAAAUAAUCAGUGUGAUUUCUGUUUCCCUGACUGGAUGGAUCUUGCCUGGUUCUGCACCCUGACUGACUGAAGGGUCAGUGUUCAUUCAGGUGGACAACCCACCCCCUCCUUUCUUUGCAGGCACUGAU